AUGGCGUCAGGUUUGGACGUGAAAACGACGAGUAUAAUUCCAUUGAAUGGCAAAAAUUUCCCCACUUGGAAAGUUCAAUGUCGAAUGGCACUUAUGAGAGAUGGUGUAUGGGGAAUUGUGGCCAAAACUGAAGUGUCGCCAAGUCCAGAUAAAGCCGAAGAUUUAGCAAAGUUUGUUGCGAGAAGAGAUCGUGCCUUGGCAACCAUUGUUCUGUCGGUCGAUCCGUCGUUGUUGUAUCUCCUUGGAGAUCCACAAGACCCUGCUGUGGUUUGGGAGAAAUUGACCAAUCAAUUCCAAAAGAAAACGUGGGCAAAUAAGUUGGCACUACGUCGUAAACUCUAUUCAUUGCGGUUAAAAGACGGUGAAUCAAUUCAGAAAAACAUCAAAGAAAUGACUGAGAUAUUUGAUGGAUUAGCGGUCAUCGAUGACCCUAUAACUGAAGAGGAUCGAGUUGUUCAUUUGUUAGCAAGUUUACCUGAGUCGUAUGAUAUACUGGUUACGGCGUUGGAGGCAAAUGUUGAAGUUCCUAAAAUAGAAACUGUGACCGAACGUUUGUUGCACGAAGAACGAAAAAUGAAGGAGAGAAGUGGGUCUGAGACUAAUGAUGAAAUGAAAGCUAUGUUUGAAAACAGACAGUCUAAAGGCAAGGGUCCCAAAUGUUACCAUUGUGGAAA